GCAGGCGGCAGGCUGAGCGGGGGACAGGAGUCACGCUGAGUGAGGGCUUGCUACGCAUCACUGGGGGUCUCAGCUCCAGACGGAACCACAUCCUCCCGCAGUGGAACCUUGCAGAGAUCCGGACCAUGAUUUCCCCUCCGAGUGUGUUUUUAUUGCUGAGCGAAAGAGAAAGUCCACACUGAACCUGCGCACUUUUCUUGGGGAUUACACCUUUACUCUUUCCUCGCCCUUAUUUUGGAUUAUAGCUCAAAAACCAGGCGGCAGUAUGUCGGUUCUGGUUGUUGUGUUUCUGGUCGUGUUGACAGCUUCAGGGUUGUCCAUGGAGUUGUCCAGGGUUGGUGUCGCCCCUCGCUGUGAAAGCCGGGCCUGCAACCCCCGCAUGGGCAACUUGGCUCUGGGUCGCAGAGUUCUCACCCAAAGCGUCUGCGGAAACAACGGCACAGAGCUCUACUGCUCCUACGCAGACCCCGACAUUAACUUGGCCUGCAGCGCUCCCAAGUGUGCCAAGUGCAACGCCGGUCUCCCCCACCUGUCACACCUGGCCGGGGCCAUGUCCGACUCCUCUUUCCGGCACCCCAACACCUGGUGGCAGUCGGCCGAAAAUGUGGAGUCGGAAACAGUGCAGCUGGAUUUGGAGGCUGAGUUCUACUUCACGCAUCUCAUCCUGGUGUUCCGCUCGCCAAGACCUGCCGCCAUGACUCUGGAGCGCUCCCAGGAUUUUGGCCGGACGUGGAAGAUGCUGCAAUACUAUGCCAAGAACUGCAGUUCUGCCUUUGGGAUGGAUGAGGGGAAAGGAGGGGCAGGUAAGGAUGGAGCCAUCUGCACCUCGAAAUACUCCGAGGCAAGUCCCUGUAACCGAGGAGAGGUGAUUUACCGAACCCUACCGAAGUGGGAGUCUCUGGAUCCCUUUGGGUUGGAGGGCCAGCAGCAGCUCAGGGUGACCAACAUUCGAAUCCGUCUGCUCGAACAGCAGACAUGCCCCUGCCAUGCCAAAAUGGCCACCUCGGACCACGCGCCGCUUCCCACCCGACACUUCGCCAUCUACGACCUGAUAGUGAAAGGAAGCUGCUUCUGUAACGGACACGCGGAGCAAUGUGUGCCUGCACCUGGGUACCGGCCCCUGAGAGACCGCACCAAUCAUGUGGUCCAUGGGAAGUGCGUAUGUAGACACAACACUGCAGGUGAUCACUGUGAGCGCUGUGCUCCGCUCUACAAUGACCGGCCGUGGCAGCCAGCUGACGGACUGACAGGGGCGCCGCACGAAUGUCGCAAGUGCAAGUGUAACGGACAUGCCGAGAGCUGCCGCUUUGAUUGGUCAGCGUGGCGAGAUUCCGGGCAGCGGAGUGGAGGCGUCUGUGACUGCCUGCACAACACAGAGGGACGUCAGUGUCAGUACUGCAAAUCUGGAUUCUACAGGGACCCUGAGCGACCCCACAGUGCAUCUGACUCCUGUAAAUCGUGCACUUGUCACCCCCUGGGCUCCAUGAGCUUGCCUGAUGUCGCUCUCUGUGAUCCUUCCAAUGGAAACUGCAUCUGCAAACCCGGGGUGGGCGGAAGCCGAUGCGACAGGUGCAUGGUGGGAUACUGGGGCUUCCACGAGUAUGGCUGCAGACCAUGCGACUGUGCAGGAGACUGCGACCCCUUCACUGGAGACUGCAUGCACGGGUCUGAUCUUUACUCUCUGGAGGGAAACUCUAGCGAGCCUGUGCGGAUAUUUAGGAUGGAGGAGCUGUUCUCUGCUCUGCACUAUUCUGAGUGCGAGUGCAAAGAACAAGCUCUGACCAACAGCAAGCUCUUCUGCACCAUGAAUUAUGCAUACGUUCUGAAGGUGAAGGUCCUCUCAGCUCACGACAAAGGUUCCCAUGCUGAAGUGCAGGUCAAGGUCCAGAAGGUUCUCAGCCAAAACACAAAGAUGAAGAUACAGCGGAGUCGUGUCACCCUUUAUCCAGAGUCCUGGACGGCGCGGGGCUGCACGUGCCCCAUCCUGAACCCAGGUUUGGAGUACCUGGUGGCAGGACACACGGAUCGCAAACAGGGCCGUCUCAUCGUCAACAUGAAGAGUUUUGUCAAGCCCUGGAAAGCCAGUUUGGGCCGUAAAGUCCUCACGCUACUCAAGAAAGACUGUAACUGGUAGACUGGAGGAGAGAGACACGGCAGGCAGACACAUGGACCGAGGCUUCAGAACGCCGUGCAUAAGUGUCUUCUCUUCUGGUGUGGAAUUAUAAGUAGCACUCGGGGGAUGGAUUGGAACUCUGCCCUUGUGGUGUCAGACACUCGCUUUGCUUCAGAUCGUGACUUUGAGGACACUUGAGUCCAACUUCCUCUACGCAGCACUUUAGCCCCAAAUGGACUGAGAAAAACGUGGACUCAGAAUGAGAGGAAGCCUUAUUGCACACGUCGGGUGAUCUCUUUGUUUGGUGCUCUGUCGGAGUGGCCACACAUGCACCAAGAAACCUGAGUGAUGCUCAACAAGCCAUAAAAGCCAGUCCAGGUGUGUCCGUGCGGAGAUGGGAGUGAGUCUCACCCCAAACAUGAAUGUAUUUGAAUGUGUGUGUGUGUGUUUAUAGGAGUAAAUGUUAGUAGCAAACACAGUCCAGAUUAGACGGCAAACUCAGCUCUUUUGAAGUGUAUGACCUAGUAUGGUUCAUGUUUUUACACGACACCUCUCUUGUUCUUUCUUCGUGCUUCUGUACAGUGUUAUUUGUAUAUAGCUCCAUAAAUAUUGUUGUCAUCCUU